AUGUUGGCGAAGCGCAAAGAGGAGAGGAGGCCCCGGCUGCCCCCCCCCAUCAUCUCCUGCUCCCAGUGGGAGGCCCAGGCCCCAAGAAGCAGGGACCCGCUGAGGACCCUGGUGCCCUAUGUCAUCAUCCACCACAGGGCAGGGAACCGUUGCACCUCACAGGACUCCUGCAGCCGGGAAGUCAGGGGCAUCCAGAGCUACCACAUGGACAAGAGGGCUGGUCUGACAUCAGCUACAAAACCGGCAAAGACGACAGUCUACGAGGGCAGAGGCUGGAGAACGAGGGGGGCCCAUGCCAAGAACUGGAACGACAAGUCGCUGGGAACCAGCUUCCUGGGCAGCAUCUCCAAUACGUGGGUCCCGUCUGUACAGAUUUCCCUGCUAGGCCCCCAGGGGAACGGGGCUGCUGGUGUCCUGCAGAAACAGCCCGACAUCAUCCCGACCGCUGCCAAGAGCCUGAUCCAAUGUGCUGUCUCCGGGGGCUUCCUGAGUGAAACCUACACCCUGAAGGGGCAUUGCGAUGUGAAGUCAACCGAAUGCCCCAGGAACGCUCUCUACGAGGCCAUAAGCCAGUGGCCUGAGUUUGAAGCCUGA